CACUGCUCUGAAUGCUGUUGAAGAGUGUUGGCCCAAGGCUGGGACCGAAAUGCUGCUCCUUACCCUCUUUAGUUUAACUUCUCUCAUCAGUGGCAUCAAUGCAGGCUUUUCUUCUCAACUUUUUGUGUUCAGAAAUGACCAGCAGAGUGGAACUGCUCGUAGCCCUACAGGAUACACACGCUUCGAGUGUGGCCUCCGACCGUCUUACGAGUCCUUUCUGAAGACUGGCAAGAGGAUCGCAGCGGGGAGAUACGCCAAGGCUGGGGAGUUCCCGUGGCACGUGAGCAUCCAGAGCAACGGAAAACAUAUUUGCGGAGGCACCGUGAUCAGCGCAUUGUGGAUUUUAACUGCGGCCCAUUGCUUUGCAGAAGAGGUGCCACCAGAUCUCACUGUUGUCAUGGGGGGAACUGACCUCCGCCUCCCGCUGGAAGAAUAUAAGCCGGACAGCUUGAUCAUCCACGAAAACUUUGAUAGAAUGAGCAUGCAAAAUGAUAUCGCUCUGAUCCUGCUCAGCAAUCCCAUCGAGUUCAGCAAUGAGAAAAUCCCCAUCUGCUUGCCCUUCAUAUAUGACAUCAAUACGUGGCAACACUGCUGGGUUGCAGGGUGGGGAGCCGCAAGUGGAGUUGCGGCACCAGCAUCCUAUGUGCUGCAGAAAGCGCGGAUGAAGCUCAUCAGCAGGGAACAGUGCUUGGAGCGGAUCCCACAGCUAGUGGAGAACGUGCUCUGUGCUGAGCUAGACAGAGGAGAAAGAGGCACCUGCCAGGUGGACAGCGGGGGACCUCUGGUUUGCAGCUACUGGAACACCAUGAAGUGGUUUCAGGUCGGCAUCGUCAGCUGGGGAGAAGAUUGUACAGAAAAGCCAAACCAUGAGAUCUUAAUGUCUGUUUACAGCUACCGUGGCUGGAUUGAGACUGAGACAGCCAUGAGGGGGAAACCUUUCUUCAUUGAAGGAAUGGAUAACCAUGCAAAUGCCAGGGUGGUUCCUUCCAGGGCUGAGGCACAGCUGGCCUUUCUUGAGUAUUUUCUCCUUUUAUUUCUCUCUUUAACAGCAAUUAGAUUACUUUAGAGAAGAUUUUUUCAAACCAUAAUAAAAGUCAGAACUACUGUCUCAUUCUUCUUUUGCUGCUGACCCAUAUAGUCAUGUCUCUUGUCAACCUGCUCCAUCUCACUGAUGUGGACACAGGUGCCAAAACGAGAUGCCACAGUGAGACAAGGGAGCGAUGGCGAGGACAUGGAGAUGAAAUGAGAGAGCCAGGACACAGCCAAGAGAGGCCAUAAUCCUCUGGAAAACACAUAGUUUCCACACUGGUGGCUCACAUCAGGCCCAGUUAUUUGCUAAGCUCAGAUGUGAAGUCAAGAGGUGGUAUCUGAAGCAGCUGCUCCCUUUGGAAAGCUGAAACCCUUAGACACGUCUUAGCUUACUCAGUUGCCUACUAGCUUAGGUAUUGGUAGGACAGCUCUGGGUUAAUGCAUCUUACAGCUAAUUAUUAGCUGGACUACUAUAUCUUCUAGCUUGCAGCUGGCCCAAGCUAAGAGCAUCUUCGGGGACCACAGCAGCUGCUCAGGUGCUUAAGGUAUCUCCUUAAGCUAGAAAAAGGGCAAGAAAUCUUUUAGCCAGGGUUGGAAGGUGUAGCAUGAUGUAACCGAUCAGUCUUAUUUACCUGGAUUGCAAAUCCUGGGUUUUUGGUUGUUAAAGGCAAUAGGGAAAAAUCUGGCUGAAGAGAACUGGUUCUGAGCUAUCCAUAAAAUGCUGUCUGCAGAAGUCCCUUGGCUUGGUAAUUAGCCAAAAUUAAGUCAUUGCAAGUAAAUGGCAAAUCAAAAGCAAAUAGCAGGGUUUUUUUCUCUGUUAGAGGCCUAUUGCAUGCAAUGCUGAGAGGUCCACAUCCCAGCCCGAGCUGGGACUGAGCUGGUCCUUCAUGCAGUGCGUGGUCCUUCAUUGCUUCUCCAGCAGCAAAGUGCAUCGCAAAAUGCAUUCUGGUCUUCACAAGGAGGUCGCUUUUCUUGGAAGUGAUGGAGAAGGAGGCAAGCAGCAAGGUCUCCUUCAUGUCCCACCUUUGCAAUGGCAUAAAAGCACCUGUAAUUUGCAGCAAUGAUAAAACUCAGUGAAUGUGCAAUGGGACAGAACCUCACAAAUUGGUUUUAAUUACCUUGAUAUUUUCUGGCUAGCUGGUGGAGAAGCCUUGUAAAUGAGAAUUAAUUCAUCUACCUUAAGCUAAUGCAAACCCAUCUUGGCAUAAAAGUCAGCCUUUAUUUUCUGUGUUAUCUGAGCAGAAAAUAAUGCUUAAUUAUUAUUAGUUCUGAGUAAUGCUUAUGAAAAUUGCUCCAAAUUAAUUUCACAUGGCUGACUGGCUAAUGGAUGCAUAAGGGUCUUGUAACCCAUUGCAAAAAGACUAAUAAAAGCUAAAAACGAGGGGAAUAUAUUACUUUAGCAGCUAUUAGUAGUAGACAGUGUCUGCUGGCAUUAAUACCUAUAUUUAUUUUCCUUUCUAUUAAUAAUAUAUCAACAGAUUCUAGAAGCUGUGGCAGGGGCUGGACUUCAGGAAAUAUUUCCUAAUGCUGCAAUCUAUUCAGCUGCCGAAUCCUUUCCCCCAAAGGAAAUAAGAGAUGUCCUCCUGCCUGAACUAUUUUAAUGUAGGAAUUGUAUAAAGCACUCUUGUCUACAGCACACGGCAUGGAAAAAUCCUGUGCUUACAGGGACCUGCAGAAGGACCCGGUAGGUGUUUUUCUGUCAGUAGCGUUUGCAAACUGAUAAUGGUCUGUGUUAAAUGAAGGCAAUGCUACGUCGUGGUUACAGCAGGGCACUGCUGCUAUGGGUUUUGAUCCGUUCUGCUGCUCGUUCACUCAGUGGCCUUGGGAAAAGGAAGUCUGUGGCUCGUGCCUCAGUUUCCCUACUUGUAAAUUGAGAUAAUUAAAGUGGUUCACUUUGGUAUAUGGAAAUAUCAGUUCUGCAAAUUAAGACCAGCUACACAGCUGCAAAGUAAUAAACAAUAAAGAAACUCUUCCCUCUUUAUUUAAAGCACCAUUGAAUUAAUUAAAGUGAAUUCAUCUUUGCUACUUCAUAUAUUGUUCAACAAUU